AAUCUUCCUACAUCGACAGCCAGUUUGGUGGGUGACGAAGGUGUCACGCGCUGGGAAGGAAAUGAAGGAUUAUCUCCCCUGAAUGUUCGUCUUGCGUUUGUGGAUAUGGAAACAUAUACUUUUGCAGUUGUUGGAGGAGGAAUAGCUGGAAUUUCCUGUGCCGAGACGUUGUCUGCAUUGUGCCCAGAUGAGAGAGUGUUGCUUGUUACUGCCAGUGAUCUUGUCAAGGCUGUAACCAACUACCAGAAGCUAUCUCGAACCUUGGAGACAUUUGAUGUAGAAGAGAAGCCCUCAAGCUCUGUGGAGGCUGACUGUCCCAAUGUGCAGGUUCACAAGUCUACAGUCACAUCGCUGGAUGCUGUCAGACAUGAACUACGAUGUGCUGAUGGGCGGACUGUCCAGUAUGACAAGCUGUGUAUAUGCUCUGGAGGAAAACCAAAGGUGAUCAGUAAUGGCAACAAGCAUGUCAUUGGCAUUAGGGAUACAGAGAGCGUGAAGGUGUUCCAACAAAGACUUACUGCUGCAAGACGGAUUGUAGUGGUUGGCAAUGGAGGCAUCGCAACAGAACUGGUCUAUGAGAUAGAGGGAUGUGAGGUGGUAUGGGCCAUCAAGGACAAGUCCAUAGCUUCAACAUUCAUAGAUGCAGGUGCUGCUGAGUUCUUCCUGCCGCAGCUCAACCAAGACAAGCCUGACAGCAGUGGCCCAGUGAAGAGACUCAAGUACAUGCCAGAAGGGCACACAGUUAGCAAGAAGACAUCUGAUGACAGACCACAUGGUGGAGCUCUUGGGCCUGACUGGGCAAGCAGUAGAAAGAUGGCUGGUGCAGGGCAGGUGUGUCACAGCAUCCAUGUGGAAUAUAAUGUGGAGGUGCAUCACGUGUUAGAUGGAACAGAGAUGACGACUUAUGGAUAUUCAGCUUCAGAACCUUUCAAGGCUCCACAGUCACAUGUUUCAGACAGUUGGCCAGUGUAUGUUCGUCUCAGCAAUGGGAAAGUUUAUGGUUGUGAUUUCAUCGUCAGUGCAACGGGCGUAGUCCCCAACACACAGCCAUUUGUUGGUGACAAUUUGCUAUCAGUGUCCCCUGAUGGAGGUAUUGAAGUUAACAGUUGUAUGGAAACCUCUGCUACUGAUGUAUAUGCUGCUGGUGAUGUGUGCACAGCAUCAUGGGAACACUCCAAGCACUGGCUCCAGGUUCGACUGUGGUCCCAGGCCAGACAGAUGGGGUGCUUUGCUGCUCAGAGCAUGGCUGCAGCAGUGAGAGGAGAGAAGAUUACACCAGACUUCUGCUUUGAGCUGUUUGCUCAUGUCACUAAAUUUUUCAAUUAUAAGGUGGUACUACUUGGCAAGUUCAAUGCACAAGGACUUGAUGCAGGGCAUGAGCUGCUUCUCAGGGUUACUGAAGGUAAGGAAUAUGUUAAGGUGAUUAUACAAGAUGGCUGCAUGAAAGGAGCUAUCUUAAUAGGUGAGACGGAUCUGGAGGAGACCUUUGAGAACCUGAUACUUAAUGGGAUGGACUUGACCCCAUUUAAGGAACACCUUUUGGACCCCAACAUUGAUAUAGAUGACUUCUUUGAUUGACUCUCUCCAUCAGGGCAUUUUUAGUAACUGUGAUGCAACAAAAUAACAAUGUGACUGUAUAUAGAGGUGUCAAGUGCGAUGGAGACUGUAUACACAGGUGUCAAAUGUGAUGGAGACUGUAUACACAGGUGUCAAAUGCGAUGGAACUGUAUACACAGGUGUCAAAUGUGAUAGAGAGUGUAUACACAGGUGUCAAGUGUGAUGGAAACUGUAUACACAGGUGUCAAGUGUGAUGGAGACUGUAUACACAGGUGUCAAAUGUAAUGGAGACUGUAUACACAGGUGUCAAGUGUGAUGGAGACUGUCUGUAUACACGUGUCAAAUGCGAUGGAAACUGUAUACACAGGUGCCAGGUGUGAUUGAGACUGUAUACACAGGUGUCAAGUGUGAUGGAGACUCUGUAUACACAGGUGCCAGGUGUGAUGGAGACUAUACACAGAUGUCAAGUGCAAUGGAGACUGUAUACACAGGUGUCAAGUGUGAUGGAAACUGUAUACACAGGUGCCAGGUGUGAUGGAGACUAUACACAGGUGCCAGGUGUGAUGGAGACUGUAUACACAGGUGCCAGGUGUGAUGGAGACUAUACACAGGUGCCAGGUGUGAUGGAGACUAUACACAGGCGCCAGGUGUGAUGGAGACUAUACACAGGUGUCAAGUGUGAUGGAGACUAUACACAGGUGCCAGGUGUGAUGGAGACUAUACACAGGUGUCAAGUGUGAUGGAGACUGUAUACACAGGUGUCAAGUGUGAUAGAGACUAUACACAGGUGUCAAAUGUGAUGGAGACUAUACACAGGUGUCAAGUGUGAUGGAGACUAUACACAGGUGUCAAAUGUGAUGGAGACUAUACACAGGCGCCAGGUGUGAUGGAGACUAUACACAGGUGUCAAGUGUGAUGGAGACUAUACACAGGUGCCAGGUGUGAUGGAGACUGUAUACACAGGUGUCAAAUGCGAUGGAGACUGUAUACACAGGUGUCAAAUGCGAUGGAACUGUAUACACAGGUGUCAAAUGUGAUAGAGAGUGUAUACACAGGUGUCAAGUGUGAUGGAAACUGUAUACACAGGUGUCAAAUGUGAUGGAGACUGUAUACACAGGUGUCAAAUGUAAUGGAGACUGUAUACACAGGUGUCAAGUGUGAUGGAGACUGUCUGUAUACACAGGUGCCAGGUGUGAUGGAGACUGUAUACACAGGUGCCAGGUGUGAUGGAGACUGUAUACACAGGUGCCAGGUGUGAUGGAGACUAUACACAGGUGUCAAGUGUGAUGGAGACUAUACACAGGUGCCAGGUGUGAUGGAGACUGUAUACACAGGUGUCAAGUGUGAUGGAGACUAUACACAGGUGUCAAGUGUGAUGGAGACUAUACACAGGUGCCAGGUGUGAUGGAAACUGUAUACACAGGUGUCAAGUGUGAUGGAGACUGUCUGUAUACACAGGCGCCAGGUGUGAUGGAGACUAUACACAGGUGUCAAGUGCAAUGGAGACUAUAUACACAGGUGUCAAGUGUGAUGGAGACUGUAUACACAGGUGUGUGUGUGUGGGGGGGGGGGGGGAUGUCAUCUCCUGAUGACUUUGUUAAUAACAGGUCGAAUCUACAUGUAACGUUAAAAACCUAUAAUUUUUUUACUCUGUCAGAGGCAAUUGAUCUUAACAGGAGACACAACUUUGUUAUAAUACCAUUAAUGGCAUCGGUUAAUCCAGUUACCGACUUCUCACUACUUAGUAUAUAUACAGUGAGAGAAAAGAUGGAAGAGAAACUUGGUCAGUAAAAAAUCUACAUUAGAGGCUAUUGUCAAAAAAUUCAUAAAUCAAGAAUAAAAGCUUUUUGGUGCAAAGAAUUGCAAAACUCCAGGAACAAUGUAUGACUUUUGUAAAUUAUUCAGCCCACACUUGGCUGGUGUAAACAGGGAAACUCAACCUAAAUAAGAUGAUGUUUAAGUAUGUUAUGACUUUAAUAAUAAAAAUAUAAAUUGUGGAGUCCUUAACAUACCUAUUUCAAGGUUGGAAAGUCUUCAGUGCUGUCCAGGCCAUGAAGCUGAAUAACACUGCAGGAAUUGACCAGAUACAGGCAGAAGUGUUGAAGAACAAUUCGAGUGUUGAUGUUUGACAGCGAAUGUUUAAACUGUUUUCAAUAAAGGACCCCAAAACAAGGUGCAUCCUUUAGGCCUUAUUUGGCCUGAAUUAUAUUUGUGACCAUAGUGUAUAUAAUUGUAAACAUGACACUGUAAUAAACUAUAUUAUUAUUAUUA